UUUGGAGGGGGACAAGACCACAAGACAUGCAUAACUCUCCCAGGAUGAUCAUCCAAGGGUCCUCCAAUUCUUGUUUUCGCAGUGGGCCACAAGGGAUAUCAAUUUAUGGUGUUUCUGAUCAAGAUGUUGUUUCUUCUUCUUCUAUUCAAGCUGCUACUUCAGCCCCGGAUACUCAUUCCAGUUCUUUCUUAUAUAAUCUGUCAAUUCUCAAAGACAAGGUUCAUCAGGUGCAAUCUUUGGCUAGCACGUUCAUUUCCUCUGAUCAUAAUCAACCUCCCGAGUCAACGCCCAUAGCUGUAGCUAGCAUGGGUACGUUGAUUCAAGAAAUUAUUAUUACUGCAUCCUCUAUGAUGUUCGCUUGUCAACAGGUGUCUCUUGGAGCUGGAGGGCCUUCAGGAAAUAAUAAUAGGACUAGUUCAAAUGAAUUGUACCACCACCACCACAGCCAGAGCCACGGCCACGGCCAUGGACACGGACACCACCACCAGCGUGUUAAGGUCCCCGAGUUGCCGGUGGCUCAACAAAAUUGUGGAGGCAAUCGCGUUACGCAUUUUGGAGAAGAUAGAGGUCAGGGUUUUUAUGCAAAUGAUGCGCUUGAUAAUUGGUAUGGUGACAGCUAUAAUACUAAUAAUUGUAGCACAAAUUAUACUAAUACUAGAACAAGUAGUGUUACGGUUAGCAACCAUAAUAAUGAAGUUGGAGUUGGAAGAAGGGAACUACUGUCUCAAAAAGGUGAAGCUAGCGGAGAAUUAGAGAAGCUUUCACCAAAAAGCUAUGAUAUUGUGGAAUUGGAUGCUGCUGAUUUAUUAGCAAAGUAUACACACUAUUGCCAAGUUUGUGGUAAAGGGUUCAAAAGGGAUGCCAAUUUGAGAAUGCAUAUGAGGGCUCAUGGGGAUGAAUACAAGUCUACCGCUGCUUUGAGCAACCCUCUAAAGAACAACUUGGGUGCUAAUGGAAAAGAUCAAGAAGGCUUGCCAAAAUUGCCUAGGAAAUAUUCAUGCCCCCAUGAAGGCUGCAGAUGGAAUAAGAAACAUGCCAAGUUUCAGCCCUUGAAGUCCAUGAUUUGUGUGAAGAAUCAUUACAAGAGAAGCCACUGUCCCAAGAUGUAUGUUUGCAAACGUUGCAGCAGGAAGCAAUUCUCGGUGCUGUCCGACCUGAGAACUCAUGAGAAGCACUGUGGGGAUCUCAAAUGGCAGUGCUCUUGUGGCACCACAUUUUCCAGGAAAGAUAAGCUCAUGGGACAUGUUGCUUUGUUCGUGGGACAUACUCCGGCUAUUAGUUCUUUGGCAAAGAUGGGGAAAGCUGAUCAGAAUGCUGCACAAAUGCAACUAGAUGAUAGAUGAAGCGGCUACAUAUGAUGUCGAUGUUUCAGAGGUAGUUACAGAUAAAUCGUUGCCUUCAUACAUAUACUGUUCAAGUGGCCAGGACCUCUUCUUAUAUUGUUUAAUGGAAUCUUGGCCAUGAUGAUCGAUACAGCUACUGGGGAGCAGAACUCCAGAAAUAUUCAGGAAUCAACAGAAAUAAGUUCCUGCCAUGCAGGCCAGAAUCAUUACUAGAUUAAACUGUAGUUAUUUCAAUCUAUAUCGACAUUGAGUCGGAAUAAAAAUCGAACGUGACUAACUUUUUCUUGAUCAUCGGAGAAGGGAAUUCAACAUUUUUAUAUCUUGUUCCCUAGCGUCAUCGACUAAGAAUUGGGUGAGAAAUUUACAUCAAA